AACAACGGAAGUCCAGCUCAGUUGCAGUACCUAAGAGAGCCCCAUGCAUGGAUUCGGUGAAGAAAUUUGAGCUGAGAGGUUGGCCAACUCAAAAUGUUCAAGCUUGUUUUGUAUCACCUACUUCCAUUUCAUGUCAUCAGAAACUGUGAUCUUACUUACAUACCUAAGCUGCAGCAUUAUUCAUGUCUACUGUUGAAGCCUUACAAAUCUCCAUCUGGACUAGUAAUGUAGGAGAAGUUGGCCACCAUCACGGCCCAACUGCACCUCUAUUUGAACCCAUCCCACCCUGCCCAUGAUUUCCAUCACACUAACGAUUACCUCUUCGUCCUCCGAGAGAUCGCUGGAAAUGGCGAAGAGUUUGAUGAUGAUGGGGUUCGUCAUGGCGUUGGUGACCGUGCUCCCGGGCCUCGCGUCGGCACAGUCGGGCUGCACGGCCGUGAUCCUCGGCCUCGCUCCGUGCCUGAGCUACAUCACCGGCAACUCCUCCACCCCUUCCUCCUCGUGCUGCACGCAGCUCGCCCGCGUCGUGAAGUCGCGGCCGGCGUGCCUCUGCUCGGUGCUCAACGGCGGGGCGUCGUCGUUGGGGAUCACCAUUAACCAGACCCGGGCGUUGGCCAUGCCCGGAGCCUGCAAGGUCCAGACUCCGCCGGUUAGCGCGUGCAGUGCUGUGAGCAGUGGGCCAGCAGCUGCGCCAGAGGCUUCUCGCGCGACGACUCCGGAGACCCCAUCGACGCCGUCUGUCCCUGCCAGCCCCAAAACGGAGACACCAUCGCCGCCGUCGGUUCCCAGCAGCGCCACUGCCGCAAGACCUUCUACACCAUCAACUCCAACCGCAGGAAGCGGAUCGAAGGCUACGCCCUCAACUACUGGAGCAACUUCGGAUGGGAGUUCUUACAAGCCAAGCAGUUCUCUGAUGACUUCAGUCCUCUAUGUAGCUGGAUGCAUCUUGUUGAUGGCCAAUCUGUGAGUCUACUGCAUGAUCUGGACUGUGGCUACUACUGCAUCAUUGGCCUCUAAAAGCUCGUCUAUGUCGACUUGUGUCACUUCUAAUGCUGGCUCUGUUUUAAUCGAAUCAUGGUUUUAUUUGUUUAUCUGUGUGAUAUAGAAUGCAAAUUUAUUUGUUUCCUCAAUGAAGAGAUGGGUGUUUGUAUCGUCUGAGGUGUAAUAUACAGUAUGUAUUACUUGUACUGCUGAA